AUGAAGCGCACGGCGGAAAAGGACGGGGCGUUUCUGUUGCCGCACCUCCGGAAGACGGACCACAUCCUCGACGUCGGCUGUGGCCCUGGCAGCAUCACAGCCGGCUUUGCCCAGUACGUGCCCGAGGGCACCGUGGUGGGCGUGGACAUCUCGGCCGAGGUGCUGGCACGGGCGACACAGCGCGCGGCCGAGCUGGGCCUCGCGACCUCGGGCCCGGGUUCGGUCAGCUUUCAGCAGGCCGACGUGCUGGCAGGUCUGCCGUACGCGGACGACACCUUUGACGCGGUCUACUGCUCGCAGGUGAUCCCACACCUGGCACCGCUGGACCACGCGCGGCGGGCCGUGGCCGAAAUGCGGCGGGUGCUGAAGCCGGGCGGCGUGCUGGCAUCGCGCGACGGCACCGAGACGCUCUUCUAUCCACGCCAUCUCGACCUGGGCCGGCUGUGGGUGGAGAAUAACAAGCGGGUGAUUCGGACCGGCGCGCCGGCCGAGCAGGACAUCUCGGGCGCGUCUGUGCCGGGGCUCUUCCGCAGCGCCGGUUUCGGUGCCGACAACGAGACUAAGAUUUCUAUUGGCGCCUCGACCUGGGUGCAGUCGAGCCGACAGGAACGCCAGUGGUUGGCUUGGCGGGCUUCGGGACAGCUGCAGCCCGGCGACCCGUUCCGACAGAGCUGGCUGGACGCUGGCAUCACUGAGGCGGAGAUUGAGGAGACGCUGGCGGCCGUCCGGCAAUGGGCCGAGAUGGACGACGCCUGGAUGAUCGCGCUGCAGACCGAGACCCUUGGAUGGAAGUAG